AUGGCACGCAAAGCGUACGCGGCCACGCCACCGGAGUGGAAGAAGCUGGUUGAGGAGCCAGUGACACCAGAGGCAGUGGUGGCGGCGUCAGGGGUGGUGAAGUUCAUCCUUUGGGGCGAGCUUACAGGGCCUCCGUGGGCAGUGAAGGGCAUAGACAAGGGGGGAAUCCUUGCCUCAUACAUGGAGGUCGGCGGUGAUGGAACGCUUCUCGCCCCGGCAAGGAACAGGGAGACCUGCUUCGAAGCAUGUAGUCUGCAGCCAUUAAUCGUCCAAGAGGAUACGGGCGACGCUCACCAAAGCGGUGGGGCGUUCGUGGAGGCAGGCGGAGUGGGAAGUGGCGUGGGGCAAGAAGAUUGA